CGACUCAAUUCCUAUAAAUCUCAGUUUUACUUCAAACUUUUCUUAUUUUCUAAAAACGAUCUUAUCAACAAAAAUGUAUUCAAGAUAACAUUUUGGCCAAAAUAUUGUUCUGCAAAAGUGUUUCAGAAGGACAGUGCUUUGGAACAAAUUUAACUCGAAAUUUCGCAACGUUAACCUAUACUGAAAAAAUAACAUUUCCGGGGAAAUAUUUGUAUCAAAAUUGAUAUGAUAAGUAUUGUUAUGGCUUGAAGACGUUUGUUGGAUUGACACGGUUUAUGAUGUUUUCACGCCUCUGUGUGGCUUAAUUUACCUUUUGGGUGUAGAACCAGCAGACGACACGCUCCACCGCCCUGUCAGUCAAAUGCUCGUCAGCGCGUGAGCCUCGACUUGGGCAGAACCUAUUACUAUUAGGUGAACAGUAUACAAAUCUCACCUUAUUAAACGAAAUGAAGAGUCAGUGACAAGCAAUGCAGUUUUAAUUAAUGUGUGUAAUUAACGAUCUAUUUCAAAGGAACAGAAAAUUUCGAAGGACCUACAAAUUCUGUGUAAAGAAAAGAAAAUACAAAAAAUCAAAUCCAAUGAAAAACAUGUCCGCACCUCCUCGCGUGGAUUCAGCGGAAAGCAUCCGGGACCAGUACGAAGCACUGCGGAAGCUGGCCAUGGUGCAGGUGGGACCCCCGAGGAACCCAAAUAAACCAUUCACCUCUUUCAGUAUUUCCGACAUUCUCGGAGGAAAUAAUAACAAUGCAAACCGGAGACACCAGGCUCAAAGAAAUCUCAACAACAACAACAACGUGAGGAGCAUUGUGAGGCCCUGGGACUCGAGACACAGUCCUGGGAGGGACAGUGAGUGCUCCUCAGACGAGGAGGAGAUCAAUGUUGAGGACGACGAGCCCUCCCUGCCCCUCCUCCAGAACGAUUCGCCCCUAGACGCUCUCAUGAAGAUGGCCAACAAAACCUUCGAAGGUCUAGAAACAGCGGAGACUGCAGAAGCAAAACGAAGAGAACAAGCAGCCUUAUUUGGAAAACACCAACCGCCGAAAAAACGUCGAAAAUCCCGAACAGCGUUCACCAACCAACAGAUCUAUGAGCUGGAGAAACGUUUCUUGUAUCAGAAGUACCUCACGCCGGCCGACAGGGAUGAAAUCGCGCAAAAUCUCGGACUAUCAAAUGCUCAAGUGAUCACAUGGUUUCAAAAUCGCAGGGCCAAGUUGAAACGCGAUCUAGAGGAAUUGAAAAAUGACGUUACUGCAACACAAAUUCUGAAAACUUCUUCCAUAAAGGACGGUGAUGAGUCCGAAAGGUCAUUCACUACGGAUCCCGAUCCCGAUGUGUCGCGGUCGGCCGAUGAAGACGAUUGUGAGCCCUCACCUCCAAAAGUGCAGAGGACUUCCGAAAGUGAGGCAGAAAAUGCUUCGGAAAAGGACGAUUGUUCGGAUAUUGACAUGGAGAUACAUUCACCCUGAUGUGACGGCAUAAGCUGUGCUCUUAACUGGUUUCGUCCGUAAAAGGUUCAGUUUGAUUUAUUUACAUAUCCCAAAAUGUGCCAUCUUCUCCCAGUCUCGUAUCAAUUUGCUUUUCUGUUAAUGUUACGGAAGGCAGCCUCCUUAGGACUGAUAUAGACUCUGAACCCCUGAGUGGUCCGUGGAAAGAGCUUCCAUGGAGAACGAGUUCUUCCUUGGAUGUCGACGGCCUGUGACUAGAUUAGUGAUAUGUCCAGUGCAUGUGUCAAACGAGUGUAGCCGACACGCCUCACCCUCGCUGCAGACUUACGAAGUUUUCAUCAGAUCUUUAUAGCUAUUGCAAGUCUUAUUUGGAAUCUAGAAACUGCAUGCCGCUUUGUCUUAAUACAGAUAUGUAUGCAAUACACUGUAAAUUGUAUCGCGCUAUUUUCUUGCUCUGAACCCCAACCCCACAGAAUGACACGAGUCAAUGUUGCUACAAUAGCGUGAGAGACGUAGAUUUUCACUAGCGGAAGUGAGAAUUCUGGUUCCGGCACGUGGUUCUGCCAGUCCAGCUAAUCAUGUUCCUGAAUUUUUAUUUGAUUGUAAAUGAGAAAUCAUGGACAUAUAAAUAUAUAAUUAUAUAUGAAAUAUU